CCAGCUGGUGCUUGUGUUCCACUGACGAGCCAUCUCGAGCUGAGCCACUGAUAAGCGGACGUUUGCUGUUUUGUCGGCACCAGCAGCCCUUCGCCGUUGCCUUGGCCUUCCCGUUGCCCUGCCCUUGUAGAAAUCGAAGCGUGCACGGUGUAAUGCCGGGCUCAGUGGACAGAUCUGUGCCUCCCACACCGCAGAGCCACACAGUCGCGCUGGCGUGUGCACGCCAGCCGGUGUGGCACACGGUGUGGUUUAAAGGCCCGCUACAGGUUGCGUUGGCGGGGGAGGGGCGUUGUACUGCCAGGCUCAGCUUGCCUGGAAUGACAAAGACCUGCGGCCAAUAUGACACAUUUUGGUGUUAUUUGUAUGUGUGGAUCCUGUGGCUUAUGAAACACCGCGAGGGCAUGCGCUGUUGGCCAAUGAGGUGGAUCAACGUUGGCAGAGCGGGCACCAAAAGACGAGCCACGAGCCAUAAUGCUCGCUGAGCGAAAGAUCCACAGUGUGUUGUGUGCUGUGCUGUGUGCUUUGCUGUGCUGUGUACAGCAGGUGUAUAUAAGGACGAUGGAAGCAGCUC